CGAACUAGCUUAACACUCCAAUUAGAGGACAGCUGAUACGGUGACCUCGACUGGCCGUCAUAGUAGUUAUUAAAAGUGAGGCAGAUCGGCUCCCGUGUCAGUCCAACCCUAAUCGCCAUGGAGAAAGGAGAGAAGCCCAAGUCGUCGCUGCCAGGCCUGUGGAAGUACCCGUCCCUCCGCGAUGUGCCGCUGCACUCCGGAGGACUGUGGCUGCAGGGCCGGCGCGAGGACGACGGCGCCGAAGGGUUGUGGCGCGUCCACGACCGCCUCUACGACCUGGCCGGCUGGGAGAAGUCGCACCCCGGCGGCUCUGACUGGAUCACACUCACCAAGGGAACGGACAUCACAGAAGCAUUCGAAGCACAUCAUGUGCGCAAUGUUGCGGAAACCAAGCUGAAGGACUUCUACGUGCGAGACGCAAAAACGCGGCGCAACUCGCCGUACGUCUUUGAUCCGAAAGGCUUCUACUGCACGCUGAAGGAACGCGCACGCCAGGCGCUGGCGAACGAGAAGUACGUCGGCUCCACAGGCACCGUGUACUCCAAGCUGUUGGCAGACUUCCUGGUGACGUCGAUGCUGACGCUGAGCGUGUUGGCUGCGUGGACGCAGAGCUACCUGGUGGGCACCUUGGCUGGUCUGAUGCUCUGCUUCACUGUCAUCUGUGCGCACAACUUCACUCAUAUGAAGGACAACAUUCGCAUGUACUACCUCGAUUUCUCCAUGAUGUCAUCCAGAGACUGGCGUAUUAGUCAUGUUCUGAGUCAUCACCUCUACCCCAACACGCUCCUUGAUCUGGAACUGUCUGUGUUUGAACCUCUGUUCAACUUUUUCCCAUUUGAAGAGAAAAAUUUCAUUGUUCGUUACGGAAGCUGGUUCUACGCUCCUUUGGUGUGGACGUUUAGUUUCCACGCUAGCUUCGUACGCAGGAUUCUUGACAGAUUUAUUGGCAGUGGGCUCGAAAUACGGAAAGCAGAACUCAUACCUCUGAUAAUACCAGCAUCUAUGAUCUUUAUCGCUGGAGCGUCAGUGAAAGAUGCUGUUUACAUGUGGCUGUACAUCACACUUUCUGCAAGUCUGUUUUUCAACUUCAUUGGAAUCACUGCUGCUCACCACCAUCCAGUUAUUUUCCACGACGGAGAUACUCCAAGGCCUGACAUGGACUGGGGUGUUCAACAGCUGGACGCAGUGAGGGACAGGCCAGUCAUAUCCAGCUCGGACCUCCUCGCUCUUACGUUCUUCGGCCAUCACGGCCUACACCACCUGUUCCCUACAAUUGACCACAGGUUCCUGCACAAGCUCUACCCAGCGUUCCAGAAGACCUGCGCCGAGUUUGGAGUUAAGUACGACGGCCUUGGUAUCGGUGAACUGAUUCGUGGCACUUACAUACAGGCUGCGAAAAAUAAGCCCAACACAGUUCCCCCAGGUUUUGGCAAGCAUUAAUUCUGAAGAUGUUGUAAGAAAUUAAAAAAAGAAAGAGUCACUGUGCUCACUUCAAAGCGUGUGUAUUGAUUAUUGGUGCUACUGCUGAUAUGAAAUCUUUUUUUGUGGUAGCGAUAAAAUGAAUCGAGUACAAUAAUUUAGUGGAACGUAAUUCAGAUGAUAUCACUGUUCUGUUUUCUCAUCGGUAAUGACCAGUGUAAUGGAGUAAUGAUUUCACGAAGAUGUAUUUGCUCAAAGGAAUGCAUAAGACUGAAGAAAUGUAAAAAAAAAAAAAGUUGGAAUUACCCAAAAA